CGGAAGGAAAGAUCUGCGGGAAGAUCACUGUAUUCGACCACUAGUGGGAAAUAGUGAACCAAGGUUUCAUCUCUAGCGAAUUCAGGGGCCAUUUUUACGCAUUUAAACAGUACUGAGGGCGUAAUAGUAUAAUGACCGUAAUAACAGGCUAUUGCUUGACAAUUGCGCAUAAGACAGUUUGAAGUAAGGCAUAUCAUUGAAAAGGUGCCACUCUUUUUCUACAAAAUUUUAAAUCUUACUUCUUACUCAAUCUAUUCAAAAUUUUCAAAAAAAUUUAACAAUUUUUGUUUUUGUUCGUUUGCUAGUGAGUGACAGUAUUUUAAAUGUAUAGACAGAUGAGGUAUGGGUGAAAAUGUUUUUUCUAUCAGUAUUUCGGAAAAGUGGUACAAAAAAGUCUGCAGAUGAUCAAAGGAGAAGAAAACUAUGGAUCAGAAGCCAUGAGCAGUAUCAACCAUGUUCAACAAACGAAUCCAAACCCAAAUCCAAAGAAUCCCCCUAUAGCCCCAUCGGAAAGCCCCAGCCCCUCGAGUGCCUUAGAACCUGGUUCCACACUAGGCAUGGAAAUAACUUUAGUUAAUUCACCACAAGACAAUAGUGAAAAUGACAAUGGACGACUGCCGGAUGUUGUUGUCGAAACAAAAAUAUUCGAAGAGGAAGAACAAAUUCAUGAAACUUAUUUCUCUAUAGCUAUACAGGUUUUUAUUCCAUUUCUGAUUGCUGGUUUCGGCAUGGUCUUUGCAGGAUUAGCUUUAGAUAAAAUUCAGCACUGGCCAGUUUUUGAAGAAAUAACAGAACUAGUAAUAUUGAUUCCCGCUCUUUUAGGAUUAAAAGGUAACCUAGAGAUGACAUUAGCAUCACGAUUAUCAACACAAGCUAACUUAGGUCAUAUGGAUACGAUUAAACAAAAAUUAAACAUUAUCGUGGGAAAUUUAACAUUAAUACAGUGCCAGGCCAUUGUGGUAGGAUUCCUGGGAGCUCUAGUAGCUGUAGUGAUGGGAGGCAUAAAGAGCAACGACGUUGAAUUGGACCACGCUUAUCUAUUGUGUGCUAGUAGCCUAGUAACUGUUUCAAUAGCUAGUUUCGUAUUGGGAUUAAUAACAGCUGGUGUCAUAGUAUUAUCAAGAUACUGCCAUAUUAACCCCGACAACGUUGCAACUCCUAUAGCUGCUAGUUUAGGAGACAUAACCUCACUCACCCUACUGUCUUGGGUCGCAACAUUAUUGUACGACUCCAUAGGUACCCAAGAUUGGUUAGCACCAGUCAUAAUAGCAGGAUAUAUCCUCGCUAUUCCACUCUGGGUUUGGAUAGCCAAAAGAAACUUACAAACCCGGGACGUCUUAUAUCACGGCUGGACUCCAGUAAUGGGUGCCAUGCUAAUAAGUUCUAUGGGAGGAUUAAUCCUAGAUUUCAUGGUAUCUAGGUUCGAAGGCAUAGCCGUCUUUCAGCCUGUCAUAAACGGAGUAGGAGGGAACUUGGUUGCAGUACAAGCUAGCAGAAUAUCAACAGCGUUACACAAACAAGCUGAGCUUGGAAUUCUAUCAGCUGAAAAUGGUACCGACGAGGAUACUGUAAUAUUCAUUUCUCCAGUUACUUGUUUUUGCGGUAAAGGCAUGCAUAAUAGAACUUCUAGGGUACUAAUGUCGAUGGUCAUACCAGGUCAUCUAAUCUUCAUAUACACAAUAGAUUACAUUAAAAAUGGAGAUCCUUCACUAAAUUCUUGGUUUGUUGUAGUAUAUCUAUGUGCAGCCUUCAUGCAAGUUGCUACACUGCUCUAUGUGGCGUACAUAAUGAUACAUUGGAUGUGGAAGAAAAAAAUUGACCCAGACAACUCAGCUAUUCCAUAUUUGACAUCUAUUGGAGAUCUUUUAGGGAUAUCAUUAUUAGCCAUCGCUUUUCAGUUCUUGUACCUCAUCUCAGAUCAUGAUCCGGAAACACCAGCAACAUGAUUUUACUUUUUUGUUACUGUUAAAAUAUCGAUUAAUUUUUCUAAUAUAAGUACAUCUGUUGUGAUAAAUAUAAAGGAUAUUUGUCGUUAUAGAAACAAAAGUUAUGAAUUUUAGAUUAGAAUCGAAUUCAGAGAAUAAUAUAUAGAUUAUAGUACGAUUGCAGAAAAAAAUUGUUUCAAAAGUUAAUGGCUGUAUUUUUGUUAAUACAUUUUAUUUUUAA